CGCGCUUCCGGUCGCGGCCUGAUGACGCCACUCGGCUCGCUGCAUUGUUUUGACUCGGAAAUUUUUCUCUGUUUCAUUUUCCCCAAAACGCGUUAAAACGCAAAUAAACACGCGAUUUUACAUCAGACUUCAGCUUCGGAUUACUAGGCAGGUCAGAGGUCAUGGAGGAGCAGAGCGGGUCACCCGGGGUCAACACGGACAACAGCAGCCAACGCAACGGAGAUGAGAAAUCUCGCAGGAGCAGCUGGACCAAAGGCAGGAGAAGGAAGAAGCCGCUGAAAGACAGUAACGCCCCCAAAGCCCCGUUAACAGGAUAUGUUCGGUUCAUGAAUGAGCGCCGGGAGCAACUGAGGGCAGAAAGACCGGACAUGCCGUUCCCAGAGAUCACCAGGAUGCUCGGGAACGAGUGGAGCAAACUGCCACCAGAGGAAAAACAGCGGUACCUGGAUGAAGCAGAUCGAGAUAAGGAGCGUUACAUGAAAGAGCUGGAACAAUAUCAGAAGACUGAGGCCUACAAACACUUCAGCAGAAAAGUGCAAGAGAAACAAAAAGGAAAGAGACACAGAGGAGACACUGGAAGGCAGGCAACUGGUGAAUCCCUUCAUGAGAAGGAUCUAGAGAUAAAGGAUCGCUCGGUGUUUGAUAUUCCCAUUUUCACCGAAGAGUUUCUGAACCACAGUAAAGCACGCGAGGCUGAACUGCGACAGCUCAGAAAGACAAACAUGGAAUAUGAAGAGCGUAACGCGGCGCUGCAGAAGCACGUGGAGAGCAUGCGCUCGGCCGUGGACCGUCUGGAAGGAGACGUGCUGCAGGAACGCACGCGCAACAGCCUGCUGCAACAGCACCUGGAGAUGCUGCGCUCAGCUCUUACACACAGCUUCUCUACUGUCCCUCUGCCCGGCAGUGGAGAGACACCCACACUGGACUCCAUUGACUCCUACAUGAAGAGGCUUCACAGCAUCAUUCUGUCCAACCCACAGGAGCACCAGCACCUGAUCAACACCGUCAGGGAUGUAGUCAACCGCCUUGACAGGUAAUCGGGAAGCCCCGCCCAUCACGCAGUAGCCCAGUAGUGACCAAGUUUUGUGUCAAGCGGUUGUUUCCUAUUAUUUAUUUUUUUACAAUGAUGUUUUUACCUGCUUAUUUGUAUUUUUUUAUUAAGCAUUUUACAUUUGCCAUGUUAAAUAAAUAGUUAACCCCAGAUUGAAAAUCAGCCCAUAUUUUAUUCACCCCCAAGCCAUCCUAGGUGUAUAUGACUUUGGAGUUGUAUUAAAUAAAAUAAUACACUUGCUCUUCCUAGCUUUUAAUGCCAUUGAAUAGUGGGCCUUUUUAUGAAGCCCAUUCAUCAUCACAAAGAUGAAUCCCUACGACUCCGGUGGGUCAAUAUAUGUCUUGAAGCGAAACGAUUUGUAAGAAAGUAUUUUUAAGCAUAUUUAUCGAUCGUUGCAUCUCGUUUAAAUGUGGACACAUCCCAAAAAAAAGCUUGACACCAAUAUGUAAGAUGAUUGGUUCUCAACAUUUUUUUUAUGUAGAUAUGUUUACAUACAAACGUGAUGUAUCCAUUGCUAAAUACAUUCAAAUUUCAUAUAUUAACCCACUGGAGUCGUAUGGAUUCCUUUUUCUGAUGAUGAAUGUGCUUCAAAAAAUGCCAACUAUUCAGUCCCAUUACAAAGAUGGGAAGAACCAUGAUACUCCGAUAGUAAAAUAUGGGCUAAUUUUCAAUCUGAGGCGAACUAUUUUAAGAAUGGUGAAACAGAUUAACCACACUUGUUAAUUUGUAGGGUCUUCUGCAUGCAAACAUGUCUGUGUAUUAUUUUAAGGUGGAUUUUAUACUUGUCAUUUCUUUCAUGUUGUGUAAAGGAAACGAGAUAUUGUACUGGUGUGAAGAAAAAGUACGCUUCAUCUGUAGCUGGUGUCUUUUGCAAUCGUUGUCAUUUUGAAGCUAAUUUCCAAUACUUGACAUUUGAAGAAUUCAAUAAAGCUCGUUUGCAGCAGAUGUA